UCUUUCAGGAAGACACGAGGUAUGGGAGCUGGGCGUAAGCAGAGGACUCACCGCCGAGGGCAGAGGUGGGCGGAUAAAGCUUACAAAAAAUCCAACCUUGGAAAUGAAUGGAAGAAGCCAUUUGCUGGCUCUUCACAUGCCAAAGGCAUUGUCCUUGAGAAGAUAGGUAUCGAGGCUAAGCAGCCGAACUCUGCCAUCAGAAAGUGUGCUAGAGUUCAAUUGAUCAAGAACGGAAAGAAGAUUGCCGCUUUCGUUCCCAACGACGGUUGCUUAAACUACAUUGAAGAGAAUGAUGAGGUGUUGAUCGCUGGAUUGGGACGAAAGGGUCAUGCAGUCGGCGAUAUUCCCGGAGUUAGAUUCAAAGUGGUGAAGGUCUCCGGUGUUUCGCUCUUGGCACUAUUCAAAGAGAAGAAAGAGAAACCCAGAUCAUAA